ACUCGGGAAAGGAGCAUAUACCUACAACCUAUUGGACAAUGAACUGAUCAUAUACCAACCAUGGGACAGACGCAACAAACAGAGAACGUAGAAGAAAUUGAUGUGAAAGCACUCCAGGAUAUGUACAAAAGGUUUGUCACAGAAUGCCCGAGUGGACUACUUUUUCUCCAUGAGUUCAAGCGUUUCUUUGGGGUGGAUCCAACAGGUGAAGCAUCAGAGUAUGCAGAGAACAUGUUUCGAGCUUUUGACAAAAAUGGGGACAACACAAUAGAUUUCCUGGAGUUUGUGGCGGCACUGAAUCUUGUCUUUCGGGGAGACUUGGAGCAUAAACUACGCUGGUCAUUCAAGGUGUACGACAAAGACAGCAAUGGCUAUGUGGACAAGGACGAACUCCGGUCAAUCAUCGAUAGCAUUCAUCGCAUAAAAAAAGGCAACAAGAAGGACAAAGAGCCACUUAUGUCAGUUGACGAUGCUGUGGAUCGAAUAAUGCGGGCAGUUGACACUGAUGGGGACGGUUGCAUUAAUAUGGAAGAAUUCAUUAGAGGGGCACAGCAGGACCCCUGGGUGCUCAACAUGUUGAAGCUGGACAUAAAUCCUUCACGAUGGGUUCUGGAUCAAAGGAGAAAGAGUGCACACUUCUGAAGAUGGCCAAGAACACAUUUUAGGCCUUUACCACACUGAGAAGACAUUUAGCCUUUAUGUCCAUACGGAGACGGAAAUUAGUUUUGUUUCUUGUCCAAACACAAACAUGCAUUUUGUUCUCAAUAACUAACCCUUUCAAACAUUCCAUCCAGUGUGGGACAUGUGAGAUUUUUGGCUUGUGUCAUUAUAAAUAUGCAACCUCUCGUGUUUUUAAACCUUAUUUAAGAACAGAACAUGAAGUUAUGGAUUUACAGGUGUUGGUUUUAUUUUGUGCGUGCAUGCAUACUCCAUAUGGCACACAAUUAAUGAGAUAUUUCCUAGGCUCUGCGUGAGUGUGUGCUGAUUUUAAAGAUAUUGUACACAUUGUACAUCUACUAUAUCCCUAACAGGCAUUGUAAUGCUUUUUCAGGAUUCUGAUUAGACAAAAUAUGGAUGAUAAGCAGUGAAUGCGUUUUUUUUAAUGUUGACAAACCCAUCCAUGCAUUUUCAUAUGCCGCUUAUCCUCACUGAUUUAUGUGAACGAACAUUUCAGAUUUUUUUUUUUCAACACUGUAGUGUUAAAAAUAAUAUCCGUAUUCAUGCGGACAUGGCCUUAAUCAUGGUUGUAAUUAACAGUGGCCAUUAUAAUGACCUGACAUGUAGUGAUACAGUUAAUGAAAAAGUAUUUGGACAGUCACAUGUGUAUGAAAUAAAAUAACAUAUGGCUGACCCAUUGACUUUCAGUUUUCCCCAAAAUAUACAGCAUUUACACUUCAACCAUUGAUGUAAAGUACAUACAUUUUCUAAGGCUCAAAUGUAUUGGGUUAUGGCAUAAAUGUAGAUGAUAAAUCAUUUGCAGUUAACUAGUGGCUGAGGUCUGGGGGGGGGGGGGGGGUUGAGAAAAAUGUGGUUUUACAGAUUUUUUUCCCUUUUGCCAUUACAGGCAGAUUUGAACUCUUUUUUAUUAUGGACAAUGGAGAAUGAUCAGCAAUAUACAUUGCACACAGUUGAGGACCAGAGAGGCGCUACUGCGGCAGCACAACACCAACUGGCCUUAGAACUGUGCAUCUUUGAAGACAUUACAUACAUGCAUACAUACAUAAUACAUACAUACAUACAUACAUACGUUAACAAAAUAUAUUUUAUGUUUAUACAUUUUUACUUAAUUCACUUCAACCUUGUUUAUACACAAAUGUUUAUUUUACUGCGUUUGUAUGUAGUAUACAGACUGUAUAUUUGUAUUAUAUUCUAUAUACAGUAUAUGUAAAUGACUUUAUCCUGCAUCACUGUGUGAUAUUGUUAUGUUGCAAAACAAGUAAAGAGAGCU